UUCCGCCGUGGAAGGUGAGGGCGCUCCUUCCAGUCCACCGAUGCUUUUACACAGACUGUCUGACCCCCCCACCAACAAUCCACUUCCUCUUUUGUGUAAUUUCAUGGCGAUCGGGAGAGAGGGAACACCGCCGACGCACGCACACUGCCUCAGCACUCUUGAAAGAGUUUAUCCGGGUGUAAACUAAGUUGUCAAUCUGACUGGCACAACGGACAUUGUUCUCCAGGUGAAACUAAGUGGACAACAUUAAAGGGGCUCCAUUGCACUUGGAUCUGUUCUUCUCUGUCCCAGGUUCAGACUGCGUGGUCUAUGGCUCUGAUGGACAAACACAAACAGGUCAAGCGGCAGAGACUUGACCGCAUUUGUGAGGGUAUCCGACCCCCCAUCCUGAAUGGGCCAAUGCACCCGCGGCCCCUGGUUGCCCUGCUGGACGGGCGUGACUGCACUGUGGAGAUGCCCAUCCUGAAAGAUGUGGCCACAGUGGCCUUCUGCGAUGCCCAGUCCACACAAGAGAUUCACGAGAAGGUGCUAAAUGAGGCAGUUGCUGCCCUGCUCUACCACACCAUCACUCUGUCUAGAGAUGACCUGGAAAAGUUUAAAGGCCUACGCGUAAUUGUGAGGAUUGGCUCCGGCUUCGACAAUGUUGACAUCAAAGCAGCCGCUGAGCUAGGCAUUGCUGUCUGCAACGUGCCAGCAGCGUCUGUGGAGGAGACAGCCGACACUUCGCUAUGUCUGAUCCUCAACCUGUACAGGCGAGUCACCUGGAUGCACCAGACCCUCAGGGAGGGAACCCGUGCCUCUAGUGUGGAGCAGAUCAGGGAGGUCGCUGGCGGUGCUGCUCGUAUCCGGGGCGAGACGCUGGGCAUUAUCGGUCUAGGGCGGGUUGGCCAAGCGGUGGCUCUGCGGGCUAAGGCCUUUGGUUUUGGCGUGAUCUUUUAUGACCCCUACCUGCCUGAUGGUGUGGAGCGCUCACUGGGACUUCAGCGCAUGGCCACUCUGCAGGACCUGCUUAUCCACUCUGAUUGCGUAUCCCUGCACUGCAGCCUCAACGAGCACAACCACCACCUCAUUAAUGACUUCACCAUCAAACAGAUGCGUCAGGGAGCCUUCCUGGUGAACACGUCAAGAGGAGGUCUGGUUGACGAGAAAGCAUUGGCUCAGGCCCUGAAAGAGGGGCGGAUACGAGGGGCUGCCCUGGACGUCCAUGAGACAGAACCUUUCAGUUUUUCAACCGGUCCUCUGAAGGAUGCCCCCAACCUGAUCUGUACCCCGCACACAUCCUGGUACAGUGAGCAGGCCUCUGUGGAGGCUCGCGAGGAGGCAGCCAGGGAGGUUCGCCGCGCCAUCACGGGGCGUAUCCCUGACAGUCUGAAGAACUGCGUUAAUAAGGAGUAUCUGAUGGCAGCCUCUCAGUGGCCCAGCAUUGAGGCAGCUACUGUUCACCCAGAACUUAAUGGAGCCACUUACAGAUUUCCUCCAGGUCUGAUCAAUGUUGCAGCAGCAGGGGGUCUCCCAGGAGCUGGCACAGGGGUUGAAAGCCUUGUCUCAGGAACCCUGGCGCAUGGCAUCACCCCUGUCUCCCCCCCUCACGCCCCCUCCCCUAAUAAGGCCGAAGCCGACAGAGACAUCCCCUCCGACCAAUAGCCCCCCCUGCCGCCGCCAGCACAUUCCGUCGCCUCUGGAAACGUCCUCCCACCCCCACCUCCCAGCAUCAGACACAGCCCGACCCUCCAGUACAUCGGC